AUGGCUGCACAACAACAAGAACUAGAUGAGAAGAACCCAUUCUAUGAGUUAGUUGUUAUUUGUAGUACUUCUGGUCAAUUUGACCAAACCGUCAAUUCGUUCAAAGAUAUUAUAAAGAAGUCUAAGUUAGUAUGUAUAAAAGACUCUGAGUUGUUAGAUUGGAUAAAGAAGUACCAAAGAAGAGUUUUGAAGUAUAAUGCUAUAAAUGAGUAUAUAAAUUCUAAGUUUAAAGACCCAAAUGAGGAAAUGCAGAGAAUAUUAGAGAAGAAACACUUCAGAAACAAACAGAAAGAGAUAGAAUACAUUUCGAAGAAAUUGCAAUCUUACGAUUGGAAGACAUACCCUCAUAGGUGUCUUCUUAUCUUAGAUGAUUUCGCCUCUCAUCCUUUGCUUAAGAAUAGAGAACAAGAUAUGUGUCGAAUUCUUAAGAAGCUCAGACACUUUAACAUCUCAGUUGUCAUUUGUGUACAGACAGCAAAGAGUUUAAGUAAGGAUGUUAAAAGAAUACUUACUGACAUUAUACUUUUCCCCGGAUUGUCCGAAGACGAUUUCAUGGAACUUAUGAAAGAGUCCAUGGCAGGUAAGUUUGACAGACAUGAACUAUGGGAGAAGUACAAAGUCAUACAAGACCCUCAUACUUCUUUCAGAAUUCAUAUCUACGCAAACAAAGUUCAAAUUGUAAAAAGUCAAGCUUGA